CAUUGGUCUCAACUAUUGUAAAAAGAUCACGACAAUUAAGUGGGGUGUGGGGUUUGGUGUUCUCUUUAGCUUUCUUCGUAUCCUAAAAAGAUUGCACACCAACUGUUUGAGUGUUUGUCUCUUUGGUUUUCUUAUGCCUUUGAGACCCUUCAACUGUUUGAUUUGACCUUUGCAGUUUUAUCUGCUCCAACUCUGAUUGAUUCUUCAUACGAAUUGAUUAAGUCUUGAGAUUGGGGUUGUUUGUUUCGAUUGUAUAUUGAAGUUUUCAAGUGGGGUUUCAUGAUAAACUGAGGUUUGUCUUCUACUUUAUUGUAUUCCAUCCUGCAAUUUCUUGAAGUAAAUUUGUUGGUUUUAGUGCAAGACUGGUCCCCCAAAUUCCCAUUGGUAACAGAAAGAUUUUAUGGAGGAAUGUGGAUUUUCUAGGGUUUGAAUAUUGAAAUUUGGGGGGUUUUGAGGUGAGAGAAAGAUAUAAAGAAAUAUAUAAGGCAAGAGGUGGUGGAUGUCAGUGGUAGCAAGUGGUGGUGCCUCUGCCUCUGGUGUCUAAAUAUUGAUAAUUUCUAGUUAAAAGAGUCUGUGAAAGUAUGUGUCAUUUGUAGCAGUGUCUCCUUGCUUACCCCAUUCUUUUCACCAUUUUUCGGGUUUAUGAUAGCAGCAGCAUCCAAGAUUUAAACCAUUCAACUGGUGGCGAUUCUCGAUUCGAGUUAGUUAAUUUGGUUGAAUCUUGGAGGUGAUAACAGUUUUGGGGUGUUGAAGAUGAAGUUCAUGAAACUUGGAUCAAAGCCGGAUUUGUUUCAGUCGAAUGCCGAAGAUAAUCGAUACGUGGCGACCGAUCUGGCUAGCGACAUGAUCGUAAGUGUUGGAGACAUCAAGUUUUAUCUACACAAGUUUCCGCUGUUAUCCAAGAGUGCCCGUUUGCAGAAAAUGGUUGCAGUUUCAGAUACCGGAAACAAUGAAGAACUCGAAAUCCAUGACAUCCCAGGUGGCCCUGCUGCGUUCGAGAUCUGCGCCAAGUUUUGUUAUGGAAUGACGGUCACCCUCAACGCGUACAACGUGGUUUUGGCUCGAUGUGCAGCAGAGUAUCUAGAAAUGUACGAAACCGUUGAUAAAGGCAAUCUCAUUUACAAGAUCGAAGUGUUUUUGAAUUCGAGCAUUUUUCGAACUUGGAAAGAUUCGAUCAUCGUUUUCCAAACGACCAAAUCUCUUCUUCCAUGGUCCGAGGAACUUAAGGUGGUUAGCCAUUGUUUAGACUCCAUAGCUUCGAAAGUUUCUGUCGAAGCCUCUAAAGUCGAGUGGUCGUAUACUUAUAAUCGAAAGAAUGAAUCAUCGUGUUACGAUGGUGUGAAGAAACAACUAAUGGUUCCGAAAGAUUGGUGGGUGGAAGAUCUGUGCGAUCUUUCGAGCGACUUGUAUAAACGAGUUAUGAUCACGAUCAAGACCAAAGGGAAAGCGAGUUCCGAUGUUCUUGGCGAAUCUCUAAGAGCAUACUUGCAGAAACGGUUGUCGUGGUUCGGGAAAAAAGACGGUAACGUUGGCAGGGAUGAUGCGAAAACUCGUUCUUUGAUCGAAAUGAUUAUCGGGCUCCUCCCGGAUGAAAAAACCAGCGUUUCUUGCGGGUUUUUAGUUCAUUUGUUGCACGCAUGUGUUCUUCUCAACUGUGCAGAAACCCGAAAGAACGAUUUGAUGAGAAGGAUUGGGCAGCAGCUGCAGAAUGCAGCGGUUGCUGAAAUCACGAUUCUUGAUGUUGACUUGGUUCAAGAAUUGGUCGCUAUAUUCAUGAUGCGGGAUGAGAGUAGCGAGAAUGAGUUCUCAGAGGUGAAACAUGUUGACUCGGCUGCAAAAGUCAGCGUGGCCAAGAUUGUCGAUGGCUACCUUGCUGAAAUCGCAAAGGAUCCAAAUCUGCCAUUGUUAAAGUUCGCGGAUCUUGCAGACAUGGUGUCGACUUUACCAAGAUCAACCCACGAUGGGAUUUAUCGUGCGAUCGACAUGUAUCUUAAGGAACAUCCGGGGAUCAGUAAGAGGGAAAAGAAAAGAAUUUGCAGGUUGAUGGACUGCCGGAAGUUGUCACCGGACGCUUGCCGGCAUGUGGUUCAAAACGAGCGACUCCCUCUACGUGUGGUGGUGCAAGUCCUCUUCUUCGAGCAGCUACGCUCCACCAUAACCAGUGGCACAAAUGGUGAGGUCCCGGCUGAACCCACCAUGGCUUUGCCACUGGUUGGGUCGAAUGGGAGCUCAAGAACCGCAACAACAAAUACGGAAGAAGAAUGGGGGUCGGUGCCCACAAGUGAAGAGCUCAAGACACUGAAAGGGGAGCUUGAGAAAGAUGUCAUGAAGACAAAUAAAGCAAAAGGGAUGAUCAUGUCGAAAAGGACAUUCAUGAAGGUGUUUUCGAGCAAAGACAAAGAUAGCGACAACGGAAGUUCGGAUACAUCCGAGGAAACAAAGUCGUCGUCGAGGAGCAGGAGGCAAUCUUUGUCGUAGAUUAUGUUGUGUGUAAAUUGUUGUUUAGGAUGUUAAGCCGCCUUCUGUAACGAAAGAAAGGGGAAAUGCGGCCUUUUCUUUGAGGGUUUUUUAGCAUAAUUAGAGACUCGUAGCGUGUUUUGAGAAUUUGAUGUAGCAGUGAAACGCUCUAAAAAUGACGUUUCCAAUGGGGGUCGUAUUUAGUUUAGUGAAAAUGUCGUCAAUAAUGAGGGUAUCUCAACUG